AUGGGUGAAUUAAAUGUGUGUUUUCAAACAGACACAGACAAUCGUGAAAAUUUUCCAUCUGCAUGUGCUUUUCACACAUUCAAAAAUCAAAGAGAUACAUUUUAUGAAAUAUUUAGAAUUUGGGAAGAAAAUCAUUCAGUACCAGGAUGGACAUUUGAGAUAGCUUUGGGAAGUAAAAUAAGAACUAUGUUAACAUUGCACAAUGAUGCUAUAAAUUAUUAUCACUUUGCAAGAUUAUUUAAGUCACAACUUUUAAUUUCAUGUAUACAAAAUAGACAACAGGCAGAGGUAGAAGAUGAUGAAAGUAUAAGUUUUUUAAAAACUUUGAAACAUGUAAAUCCAGAAAAACUGAAUCAACUUCAUAAGCGGCUAGUAACUCCACAACUUUCUAAAAAUCAAAUCAUGGGACCAUCUUUCCCUGGAGUACAAGAAUUUUUCAAAAAUUUUAUAUUAUUUGCUUUUAAUCCAAUUUUCUACAUUCAUUUAGAAAAUUGUUUAGUUCAUGAAAUAAUGGAAUUGAACGAUACUCAAUUUAACAGUAGUGAAAUAGAAGAUUCAGAAACAACUGUGGACGAACAAACACAACAAAAUUUUAUUACAUGUUUAUCCAGUUUGAGACUUCUUGCAAAAAUAUUAGGUCUUGUUGUAUCUUUACCAUACAGAUCACAAUCGAAUAAUUUUAAAGGUUUGAUAGCAGCUCAAGUAGAAGUAAGAAGUAAAGUUUUACCAGCAGUAAAUUUACACCUUUGUCUUUAUAAUGCAAUAGCAUUAGGAAAAUUGUCAAUAACUGUACCUUGGAUAGCAAAAUAUUUAGCUAUGAUGGAUAUUGUAUCCCUUCGAUUACCAUAUUAUAUGCAAAUUUUGGAACUUUUAUAUUAUAUUUAUAAAGCUGUGAAUCAUUCUGAGUUUUCGGCACCCGAUAGUUGUAUUUCCCAGCAAACAGUGAUUCUUCUUAAAUCCACCUUAGGCUGGUUAUUUGAAUUACCAAAUUUUCCAAAGGAUUUGUAUCCUGCUUGGCAAAAGAUGUACAAAGUUAAAGGAUUACGAAGUCUGAAACAACUUGACAAAUAUUAUGUGCAGAAAAAUAUGCUAUUAGGGGAAUCUCCAGUAUCUGUUACAUCUACAAAAUGUAAUUUAGAUAAAUUGGACAUUAUCAAUGAAAAAACAUUGCGUGUAUGUUGUCCUUCGGUUGGAUUAAACGUAUCGGUAUCAAAUUCUAAUACGAAUCUAAAUAAACAUAUUACACCAGUUUCUAGUCAACUUCACAGAUCUGCCAAAAGUGCAGGUAUAAAGCAUUUAGAGCUACAAUUAGAAGAGGCAUUUUUUCACGGACAACCAGCGUCUACACGGAAAACUGUCGAUUUUGUAUCAGAACGCGUCGCUUCAACUUGUGUGAAGCAUAUAUGUAAUACUCUAUUAACGUCCUCUAGAGAAACGAAUUUGAAUAUGUUUAGGAAAAUUUUGAAGAAAAGGCCAAGCGGAAGACAAUCGGAGAAAUUGGAAGAACAAUUACUUAACGACGUUACCGAUUUCGAGGCAUCUGUGGCUAAUGAGACGAAUAUUUUGGCUAUAAAGAUGUCUAAAGAGCUGAGAGAACAGUGUGAGGCAACUAUACCGGGAAUUUGUGAAUUACGUGUAAUUAAAUCUAUAGAAUCUCUUUUGGCGGAAGAUUCGUUGAUAUCGGUGAAAGAAAUGUGUAUUAAAAUUGCCACGAGAUUGGCUAUGGAACGUAUACAUCAAUGGAUACAGUCCCACAUAGUAGGCGGGUCACUAUUCAUAAAAGAUAUGCAACUUGAAUUAAAUAGGUUUUUGAAGAACAACACAUCGUUGCAGCCGCCCGUUCAAGAAAAGAAACAUAAUCCAAAUGCUGUUAGCCCAACGACUAUUACCAUCGAUUUGAGGGAAUUUAUAUGGAAUAUUCUGGACAACGGUGGUGAAUCUUUAACGAUAACGGCCGUGUCGACUACAUUAGAUAAUUUGUACGAAACUCUAAAUGAAAGAGCUGACUUGGUAGUGGGACCGGAGAAAAUUUUGUAUUCUCUUAGUACAGAUUUUGCUUUAUUUUUAGUUGCUUACCGAAGUGAUAUGUUCAGUUUAAACGUGCAAGAAAAGUUUAUAAGAAUAUGGGCGAUGAGCCGUUGGAAAGCUUUGGAAUUGGAUUCACCUUUACAUAGAAUAUUCAGUUCGAGAAACGUUAUGCUCUUGGCUCAACCAGAAAAGGAAGAGAUUUGGCCAGUUUUUGGAAGAUUUAUUAAAAAGUUAAUAGAAAAAGACGUUUUAGACAUUAACAGUCUUAGCGAUCAAUGUGUAGCUUUAUUUAGACAGGACUGGCCUGUGCCUAUAUUGGAGCACCUAUCGAAGUGUUUAACAGAAAUUAUAGCAGACUUGAAAGCAUCGGAUGAAACAACGGAGAAAAUGAAAUAUUUACUUGGGUGGAUAGCAGAAACAUAUAACGGGAUAGAGUUUUGCGACGAAUGCGAGAAUAGGGAAGAAAUGGAGACACUUUACACGGGAGCGAUCCACGGGUUUUCCCAAUCGAACGGUGGACCGACUAAUGGAAUUUCAACGGGAAUCGCUAGUUCGUUCGAUCAGGACGGCGUUCUCAGUCUCGUCGUCGUUCUAGGCGGAAGCUUGUCCCUCGUUGCUCUGGUCUUCGCCUUCAUUACCUACAGGUAA